AUGAGAUUGUCAGUUUUUGAAAGGAGAUUUGGUUUUCCGUCCCAGGCGGAACUGAUUAGCACGCGUCGCUGUUUCCACACGGACCAGCGUCAUUUCCCAGACAUGGCAACGUGCACGCGGACCGUGUGGAAAGUUUUAGCAGGAUGUCAGAGGCAGCUGCUGACUGCCGGUGGUCCCGCCUACGCAGGCGUCUCACAGAAUACACCGAGGAAUAUCCCCGUCAGGAGUUUAGCAGCUGUCAAGGUACUAAGGAAGGACAAGAAAGAGGACGCAGAGAAGGAGGUGAAGAAGGAGAAGAGGGUCAUCGAUGACAAAGACAGACACAAGCCUUACGGCAAGACGGCGUGGGGGCCCGUGGACGACGUGUACGUAAUGAGGUACUACCCCAGAACCGUAUACGACGCAGCGGACGCCAUCGACCUGCUCAAGAGCUUCCAGGCGUUGGACUUCACCCCCCACAAUCAGCCCGUUUACAUCGAUCUGAGGCUCGACAUGAAGCUGGAGAAAAAGAGAAAAGUCGACCCCUUCGUCAGCACGGUGCACCUACCUCACCCCUUCAAGACACAGAUGAACAAAGUUUUAGUUUUUACUGAGGAUGCUAAUCAAGCUAAAAUCGCCCAGGAGAACGGAGCUGCGUUCGCUGGAGGAGCAGAGCUCAUACAGCCGAUCCUAGACGACGAGAUUUCAGCAGACUUCUACGUAGCAGCGCCUGAUAUGCUGCCUAAACUCACACCGCUGAAAAAUAAACUGAGGAAGAAGUUUCCCAAGAGCAAGAGAGGCUCAGUCGGUGUCAACAUUCCCAAGAUGCUCGAGUUGUUUAAAACGGGUCACGAGUACCUGGUGGAGAACGACUGCUACGUCAGGACCCAGAUCGCCACGCUCGACUUCUCAAAGGAACACAUCUUCGCCAACCUGCAGACUAUCCUGAUGGAUGUUUGCUCCCAUCGGCCGGCUAACACGGGUCCUUUCAUCGAGCGAGCGAUCAUCGCCAGUCAGACCAGUGAAGCUCUUUGGUUCAAGAGCGAAGACGUUUUACCAAAACCAGCAGAGAAGGAGGAAGAAUGACCUGUUUCACAUUGUAUAUAUUCACUGUACUGAAUAAAGUAUUUGUUCUGA